AUGUCUGAUUCAGAAGGCUCAGAUGUAUGCAGUCUACUUGUACAAGCAUUACCAGUUUCAGACAUCGAUGUGAAUGAUCCACCCACAUGUGAGAAAGCUCUUACAUCACCUGAUGAAUAUUUAAAAUUUGUGCGAUAUCAAGCUGCAUCAUUUCCAAGUGUAAUAUGUUCUCAAGACUUGACUAUAAGUAGUGCAAUUGAUCAAACAAUUACCUCACAACUUGAAAUUACUGAAUCUAACAAUCAUAAAAAGUGGAAGACUUGUGAAAUCAGUUCUACAAAAAAUUACAAGAGAGUCAAGUGCUUUAUUUCCGAGUAUCAGUGUUUAAAAUCAUUGGUAUUACAAAGUCCAGAUGAAAUGAUUAAAACUUCAAUUCCAUUAACAAAGGCAACAAUUCUUGAAUACUCUCCCUCUUUAACAUGGAUUGCUCAACUAAGCAGAUCAGAAAUAAUGAUACUGGUUGAUACAGCUGCGUCUCUGUGUAAAAAAAAGCACUGGAAUUAUAAAUUGAGCGUAUGGAUUUUCUCUCUUCUUGUUGCUCUGGAGCCACCAUUUCAUCCAGAUCUAUGCCAUAAUCUUCGUACUAUUGCUAAACGAUGUCAGAAGCUGAAACGCGAUAUCAAGCAGCAGUCGUCAAUAUCAUCUCCUCCUGUUACCGCUGCUGGUACUACUACUACUACUACGAUUGAUGAUGAAGAUGUGACUCAGGAUUUGAAAUUUUUCGAUUUGUUUAUCAACCUGAUAUCCCAUGUCUUUGGACAAUCUGAUUUAGCCGAUUCACUAAUUGACUGA